CAAUUGUUUAUCCUUCGCCGUUCUCUGCGCCGAGAAUGUCAAACCAGUUUGAGGUUGAGUGUCUCCUGAUCAAAGCUGUGUUUAUUCUUGACGUAAACCACAAUAGUGGAUCUGCUGCGUAAACGGAAUCUGGAUCGUAUCGUGGAAUAUAUAGAAUAUAUAAAUUAUAGACUAGUCGUUGAGAUAUAGCAUAGUGUCAGUGCCUGAAAUUUAGCUAUUUGGCACAUAUUCAGUGAAAUGUAUUUUGCACCGUGACUCAAGUUCGAGAAUUUUUGGAUUUCGUUACUUCAGUUCGCGGUGUGUCAAUUCUUUCGAUAAAUAUUAGAAAGGACUUCUCUACGUGACAGACGAUGGAUGACGUAAAUAUUAAUAAGAUAUGUCUCGAUAUACAAGAGGUAGAGUUGGACGGAGAAGAGAAAGAGUGGGUCAAAUUAAGCUGGAUUAGCAGUCAAAGUGAUGACGAUGGAAGUUUUCAGUCAUCGGGGAUACAGAGGGAUUCGGGUAACGAGACAGCACAGAUGAAAGAUUGUGAUAAUAAAGUAUCGUUUACAAAUGCAGAAUUAGAGGAUAUAUCCGAUGGUAUAUCAGUCAUAACAGAGAGCGAUACGGAUGCUGUUAAUACAAAUCUCUCCCAAAUUUGUCAAUUUAAGCCACUCGAGUCGCCGCAAAUGUUGGAAGUGCAAAUAAGUAGACAGAAAGAUAUAUGGAACAUUCUUAUUGCUUGUGUACUCGGUAUGAUUAUCGGCUUGUCUCUUAGUCAUCUUUUCACAAUUCCUGAAACCUGCCCAGUCUCAGAUGGAGUCGAUGCUGAAAGUCUCAGGACCGCGAGUCAUAACAUUGUUAAUACUUGCAAGGAAUUGACAGAUGUGAAAACUAUGCUGAAUGAAAUUAAAGCACAUAUUCCAGCUGAUGAGAAAAUUACGAAGCAAUUUUCAACACAAUUUUUCGAGAUUACUGAUUCCUCUAAUAAGACAAGUGAUAAGCCUGUCGUGGUUAACAAGGAUGUUUUCAAUUCUACCUCACAUCCAUUGGAUCAACUUCAAGGAUCUUUACAUGUACUAUCAUCGUUGGCGUUUAUUUAUGACGAUAAUGGUUCUUUGAAAAAUAAAAUAAAUAAGACACUGGAUAUUGUAAACAAUACAAAACUAUUUUAUGAUACAUUAAUAUUACUUACCAAUAACACACAAGACGAGUACAAUCCUAAUGUCUCGAACUUUUUGCAGCACAAGCAAAUGUAUACUACUACCAAGUUACUUCUCUCCAACUUAGCAGAAAAAGUGAGCAAGGUAACAUCAAAAGUGUACAAUAAAUAUGAUAAAGAAAGACACAGAUUGAAUAAAAAAUUGUGUCUUUUGAAAAGCAUAUUGCCCGAUGAUAAAUUUUUAAAACAAUUGACCGAGAAUAAUCAGAUGUUUAAAGAUUAUGACAAGUCUUGUUUCCCGAACUAUACAUCAAAAAAUUUGGAUAGAACGAUUACAAAAGAUAAUACAAAGAUGAAGGAACAGAUUACAAAAACUGAUGAUACAGUAUUGCAUCCAAAGUAUGAUAAACAGAACAGCCAUAGAAUUCAUGAUGAUAAUAAAGAGAACUCUUUUAAAAAUAAAAGGAAUAAGAAGCAAAAUAUAGACAAAUCUACUAUGGAGUUUGUGCGAAACGCCAGUCAUAAGAUACAUAAUACUUCUCAGUUACUUCUCUCUGAGGUAAUAGAAAAUAUAAGCAACUUAAGACGUAAAUUUUUAAAACAAUUGAUUGAGGAUUAUGAAAGUGACAAUGAAGAUAAAGAGUCGGUUAAGGAUGAAAGAAAAGACGAUUACUUACAAUCAAAUACAAUAUCAAAAAAUGACAUAUUAAAAAAUAGUUUUGAUAACAUCUUAAUGCAGCUGAAAAAUACGUGUCCACUUUCAACUAACUAUUGUCCAAAGUUUAAUCUUAACACGAGCACAUUUGACACCGUAUCAAAUGUAAGAAAUCAUAAGACAAAGAAUUAUAAACAUAAGAAACAUACAAAUAGCAAGAAGACUAUGGAUCGUAGAGAUUCUGCAAAAAUUUUGCCUGUAGAAGGAGAAAGCAGACCAAGGAAAAAAGAAUAUUUUAAAUCGAAUGGCUCCACCAAAAAAAUCGUUAAUGGCAAAGCGGCUUAUGAAGGAGAGAAUAUAUCCUCUCAGAAUAAAAUAAAGAAUCAUAUAUCAGAGCACACCGUUGAUUGUGAUAAAUCUAAACACUCUUCGCUCGAUAGUCGCACAAUGAAGCAAGAUAAUCAGCAUUAUACAGAUACAGACAGAAACAAGGCAUUUUACAAAUACAGACAGGGCCAAAUAAGGAGUGACAACAAAAGAUUUCAUGAGUAUAAAAAGCAACUUGACGCUUCGGACUGGUAUUUUCGACGAGCUUUUGCCCGUAGAAAUGCACGAAGACAUGCGGAAUAUAUAUAUCAGAGGAAUAUGAAGUGGAAGAACCGUCGAUGAAUAGUAAAUUAUUAACACGGAGAUACAUGGGAUAUUUUUGCACGCAAACUCUUAAUGUGUAUAAAAUAUCCUACAUAGCAUAUUUAACACGUAUUCUCAACCCUCCAUUAUCUUUAUUAGCAAACAAACGUUAGUGCUCUUGUAUGAGCGCCGCACCAGUAUGUGUGUCACUGUAUUAGUGCGGCGUUGUUAUAGUUUUCUCAGUCAACAUAGUCUUGUAAGAACAAGAGGAUGAGACAUCGAUCCGUCACACUAAAGCUUAUAUUUGGCAACGCGUCGACUGUACGUAUUCGUUCUCACCAUGAGCGCUGCGCUCAGAUAUAUCGCGCAUUAACAUUUUCAAAGUCUAAUCUAAAAAUUGUUCUAACGAAAUUUUGGAAAAUAAUUAUACAAAUAUAAUCUAGAAGGUUGUAAGUGAUAAGUCAGAAAGUUUCAGAGUCAACUUUUAUGCUACAUCUAUGCAAUUAAAAAUAUAAAAUGUGAACUGAGCAUUCGCCUCAUACAAGAGCAAUGGAGGGUUUAUAAAUAUUCCUUGAAUAUCCAAAUGAUCUGCAAUAUCCAGACAUCGAACCAUUUAUUAACAUUGACAUUUUUGCUGUUACAAGAAGAUAUCUAUACUGAAAAGAAAAAUCCUAGAUCGAAAAAAAUAGAAUUUCUAGAAAGUAGAUAUCAUAUGCCUCAACAGAGAAAAAAUUACAACAAUAGAAAUUACAUCAAUGAAAUAAAACAAAAAAUAGAACGAAGUACAUGUAAUGUAUCUCAUACGCGGUAUUAUAUUUAUUUGUAGGUUCUGACAAGGGAAGGUUCAGAACUAAAUUCUGCCGAUUUUAAUGAAACUGGGCAAGAUUACAGAGAAAGUUUCCCCGAAUGUAAUGUUAUCCCUAUUUGGCUGCCGACGUUCAACCGUUUUCGAGAUAUUUUAAUAAUAAAUUUAGUGGUGUCUUUAGAGUAGAGUUUAUUAGGACACGCACAGGCGAGUAUUUGUGGCGUAAUGAAUAUAGUAACUCCCUCAUAAUUAUUUUAUUUAUAUGUUAUUUAAAAUUAUGACUAUUUAUAUUAUAAUUUAUAUAAUAUAGAUUUUUUAUAUUAAAAUAAUUUAUUUUUUAUAUCAACGAUAAUUAUUUUUAUCAUAAAACAUAUAAAAAAUCCAGUUACCAUAUUCGCUACGCCACAAAUACUCGUCUGUGAGUGUCCUAAUAAAUUCUACUCUAAAGACGCCACUGAAUUUACUAUUAAAUAUCUCUGAAACGGUUGACCGUCGGCACUUAAAUAGAGGUACCAUUACAUUCGGGGGAACUUUCUCCGUAAUCCUGCCAAGUUUCAUCAGAAUCGGUGGAAUUCAAUUCUAAGUCUUCCCUUGUAAAAUCUUUUUUCUUCAAAAAAUUAUAUUUUCUUAACGCGCUACAUAUGACAUCACAUAUAUUUACUGUCUUAUACGUAACUUUAUACAAGAAAUAAUAAGGAAUUUAAUGAAUACCUGGAAAUUUGACAUAAUGGAUAUUCAAGAACAUUGGAGGUUUACAGGAAUCAUCUGUAAAAUGGUUGUGUAGCAUCAGUAUGUAUAUAUAUUGCAGUAUCAGAAACUUUUAUCGCAAAUUCGCAAUGUGAUAUGAAAUUGUAUGCCAUUAAUGAAUCUCAAUGGUAGUGAGAGAUUAAAGGGCGGCGUGUUGUAGAUAUUAUAGCUGAUAGAAUCUCACGGUAUCAAUCUCGUGAAACACGCGCGACUUGCGCGCGUCAAGAAGUUACAUGUCGUGACAAUGAUGUUGUGAUCGUACAUACCAAGGUGAUCGACGAGAGAACAGUAUUCACAAAGCGACCUCGUUUAUUUAAUAAUAUUACCUUAAGCUGAGUCGCGUCCGUGACAUUCAGCCGCCCGUGUAUAAUAAUUUUUUACCAUCUUGCACGAAAGAGUACAAGAUAUAUGUAGAUGAGUAAGUAAGCAAAAAGAGAAAAUAUACAUUUUAUAAUAAAUAGACGUGUAUUAUUUACAGUUAUAUAUAUAAAUAUAUAUUUA